AGCUGGCUCUUCAUGUUGCCAGAUCUUCGCUGAUUCUAAAGCUAGACGCUCGCGAUCAUGACACUGCCUGUCGUCGCAUCAGAGGCAGAGGCUAGAGAGCCAACCAUGACGCCCAAAGACUACCACAGGAUUCACUUUGAUACAUCGGCGCUGCCUUCCAAACGGAUCGUAGGGCUACUGGCGUGUCAGCGGGAUCCAAGCCUUCGACAGAUGGAGACGAAGGUUAUUUCGUCCAAACCCGCUUCGGUCGCAGCUCCACCACCCGCAAGAGGCAAGGAGAAAAAGAAGAAAGCAGGCGAGGUGAUUGGUCCCAACACACCUGCGGUCAAUGGAUCAUCUGGCGCUUCCAGUGAUUCGCCUGUGGUUCAAGGCAAGCUCUGGGAGGUCGAGCUGGAAGAUACGGUCAUCUUUCCGGAAGGAGGAGGUCAACCUUUCGAUACAGGGACAUUGUAUGUCGACGGCUCUGGAUCAAGCAGGGCAUUCAAGGUUGAAGGAUGUCUGAGGCGCAAGUUGGAUUCCGUUCAUCUGGUCCGGGCUCUAGAGGAGGAUUCUAGCAUCUUUGAGAAUCUGGAAAGGCAGCAAGUGAAAGUCGUUGUGGACUGGGAGAGACGGAUGGAUCAUAUGACCCUGCACACUUCCCAACAUCUACUAUCUGCUGUCCUGGAUACAUUCGCCGAAGGGCUUCCUACGUUAUCAUGGUCGCUGCCCGCUUUUCCUUCCCUCGAAGCUCCGUACGUUGAGCUACCUCGAGCCCUGACAUGGAGCGAAGCGGAACAGGUCGAAAAGCGCUGUAACGAUUUCAUCGAGGAGAAUCGAAGAAUUUGGGUCGAUGUUGAUAUCCAGCAGGAAGGAUACGUCAAGAUGACAGCGGCAGGCAUCAGGGAGAAUCGAGGGAUACCUCAGGAUUACAACGAUGGAGUCAUCCGCCACAUCAACAUUGAUGGGAUCGACCGCAAUGCGUGCUGCGGCACUCAACUACCGUUCCUCUCUCAGCUCUACUUCCUUCAUGUCAUACCUCCUUCGACACCUAAGGACUCGAACAAUCCUACCAAGACACCGUCUAAGCUUUACUUUGUCUCUGGACCACGAGCCAUCAAGUUCCUGCAACAAUCUUCCAGAACGCUAUCGGAAGCCUCUCAAGUCUUGGGUAUGGCUCGUCUAGAGCUACCACAACGCGUUGCGAAAGCCGAAGAGCUCAGACGAGAGACGAUGAGUCGAGAAAAGACCCUUCGAACCGAAUUGGCAAGAGUCAUUGGCGACACUGAGGCAAGAAAUCCCCAAUCGACAUCCGACGGGGUCUACUGGAUUCAUCGAAACGACAAGUCGACAUUGGAUUUUGAAUUCAUGGGUCUUAUAGCUACUUCGCUGCUCGACGCGCAACCCCCUUCCGGCCCACUCGAAGCCCCGGUUGUCAUCAUCUCUGCGACUGCGAAUGGCAUAACGCCCAGCUUACUCCUGGUCAUGUCGCCAGCUCAGGAUCUGGCUAAAAAGGUGUAUGAGAAUCUCAAGACAACACUUGAAGAGGGACCUGAGAGCAAGGGUAGAGUCAAGGGUGGAGGUGCCAGAGGCAGAUUCAUGUCGAAAGUCGAUGGCAAGUGGAGCAAGGGGGAGACUGCAAAAGUUCAGGCCAUUGCCGAUGAAUUACGUGCCAGCAGCGGUGCCGGUCAAUGAGUGGAUGUCUAACCCAUGCUAUUCAUCGUUGUAUUUCCCUGCAUGCAUCCUCUUGACCAAG